UAGAAAAGAUAGAUUUAGAAAUUAGAACACAUGGGCUGAUUGGUUAAUUUAGGGUUCGGAUCUUAGGUCUCCCAAAGGAAUCUCUGUCUUUCCCUUCUCUGCUUGUGCUUCGAGGAAGGUGAUAGAGAGAGAGAGAGAGAGAGAGAGAGAUGCAAGAGACCCAUUUAUUGUUUAAAUGAUUUAAUUUUAGUUCGCUCGGUUAAGACUUAAUAUUCUUGUUACUACUAUAUUAUAUAAUAUAUGCUUGCGUUGGAAUUAAUAAUUGCACUUUCUCUUUGAUUCCUUAAUACGAAGAGUUUCUUUCUGCUGCUUUAUAUACGUAAUGUCUUGCGUACUUGAGGCUUCUGGUUGAUGAAUCGGCGCUCAUCCAUUCCAUAUCGAGAUUUGGCUUAACUUUGAUUCAUGUCGGCAAGAACUUUGAGGAGGAGACUUCAUCAUGGGGAUGUUGAUGGAAAAAGGGAAGAGCAUUUUGACACAUCAGGUUAUGAUGGCUUGAGUGAACCUCUGCUUGGGACUCAUGAACACGAUGAUAUGGCAGCAGGACUCACAUUUGAAGAUAUUUGGAAUGCUGAACACAGGAGGGAACGCCUCCAGUGGAUGUUGAUCUUAUCACAGUUGGUUGUACAGUGGGCUCAAUGGUUAGCAAAUGUUGUCCUAGGUUCUGGAUCACUUAUUGGACGAUUUUUGCCUUUUGCUGGUCAAAGCGGAUCAAGCAGGAACCUUCUUCAUCCUUAUCUUAGUCCUUUACAGGAAGAAAGACUCAGAAAUCUACAGCAAAGGCUGGGAGUAUGCUUUGAUGGUUCUCGAGUGGAGCAUCAAGAUGCACUUAAACAAUUGUGGAGACUGGCUUAUCCUGGUAGGGAGCUUCCAGCUUUAAAAUCCGAGCUUUGGAAGGAGAUGGGCUGGCAAGGUUCAGACCCAUCAACUGAUUUUCGGGGUGGUGGAUUUGUAUCAUUGGAGAAUCUAAUAUUUUUUGCCAAGAAGUAUCCGGACUCAUUCCAGAGAUUGUUACAUAAGAAAGAUGGAACCAGAGCUGAGUGGGAGUAUCCAUUUGCUGUGGCUGGCAUAAACAUUUCCUUUAUGUUGGUGCAAAUGUUGGAUCUUCAAACUGGGAAGCCAUCCACUCUAGCAGGAAUCAAAUUUGUAGAAUUACUUGCAGAAGAUGAAAUGGCAUUUGACAACCUCUAUUGUGUGGCCUUUCAAAUGAUGGAUGCUCAAUGGCUUGCAAAGCGUGCUUCGUACAUGGAAUUUAAUGAUGUUUUGAAGUCUACAAGGAUGCAGUUAGAACGUGAGCUUGCCCUUGAAGAUGUCUAUAGUGUGAAAGAUUUACCAGCAUACAAUCUGUUGACAGUUUAACUGUUAUAGAAUGUAAAAUUCGUAAUUCUUGUUUUUAGCAAAUUUUCUUUGUUUGUAAUCAAUGGAUGUAGUUCUGUAUUAAUAAAUUCUCAUUUUCAAAGUUGAAUUAGAAGUACCUGCACAGUUCUUCCA